AUGGCAAAGCAGAAAACUCAAAUACUUAGUCCAAAUUUGUUGGUCCCUUUGCCCUCGGCGGCUCGGCAAGACACCACAGUUCCGGAAACAUGUCCGGAGCCCACCGCCACCUACAACCUCACGGAACCGCUGCUGGAAAUAUUCAAAGAGGAGCCCCAGCUGGAAAUUUUCGAGGAAGAACCACCCAUGCUGGACAUCCCGCCCGACGCGCUCGAACCCCUAAUCGAAGUCAUACUCGUACCAAAACCGGAACCACCCAUUCCCACCGACACCGAUCCCUUCCCGGAAGUGGGCCUCUUUUGCUCCCUCUGUCUACGUCCAUGCACCUCCGACCAGGUGGUCGAGCUCUCCGCCAAACCGAGAGGACGGGACAAGUUGGCGCUACUUUUGGGCGUGGAGAUUGAGGUUGAACAGAAUGCCAUUUGCCGGUCCUGUUGGAUCAUGGUGGAAACGUUUGCGGACUUUCGGGAGGGUUGUCUGAAGGCGGCUGCUUGGAGGGUGCGAUUUUCGUUUGGGUUGGACGAGAUUGGGGACGAUUGGUUGUCCAAGGAGAACGUGGAGGUGAUGGCGAGGACGCGAAAGGUGGUUCAGGAACACGUGGAACGCAUUGAAAUGGCCGAGGCUGAGGCGCGGAACAGGCAGGAUUCGAGUGCGAAUGAGUUGCCGGAAGAGAAGCCAGCGCUGAAAGAUGAACAUGAUUGGGUGGAGGACGCGAGCUAUCCAGAUUCCCCGGAGGGACCGCCUAAGAAAGAGUACAUUGAAUUGUCCAGCAUCAAACCCUACGAGUGCCGUAAAAGAGAUUGCAACAAACGCUUCCAUGUUUACAAUCAACGAGCUAAACACGAAAGAAAGUGCAAGGGAAAACAGUCGUUGAAUUCAAGUGUUGAUCAGGAAUCAUCAGCUGCCGAGGAAAUAAUACUGAAAGUUCACCCGUGCAGUAAAUGCCCAAGGAGAUUCGACACCAAAGCCGGGUUCCUGACGCAUAACCAAAAGUGCAAAGGACCUGUUGAGAGCCCUCAGCUUAGCCGCUGCUCAAUCUGCUCGAUGGAGUUUCGCUUUCCAAAGAAGCUUGAAGUGCACAUGAACAAGCACAAUGGAAUCAAACCGUUCAAAUGCCGCACUGAAGGCUGCGACAAGCAUUUCUACGGCAAAGUUGCACUUAACCGACAUGCGGAGCAUUGUGGCAGGGACAAACCGAUUUGUCCGCUGUGCGGACUCCAGCUGUCCUCGAGGGGAGGGCUGAACGCGCACUUGAAAAUCCACGCCGGAGAGCCCGCCGCCGAGUGCGACACGUGCGGGAAAAAGUUCAAGUCUAAAAAGAGUCUCACGCGGCACCAGCUGGUCCAUUCGGACGAGCGGAACUAUCCGUGCGACGAGUGCGGGAAGGCGCUCAAGUCGGCGAAUGCACUGACCGUGCACCGGCGGAUUCACACGAAGGAGAAGCCGUUUGGUUGUGUCAUUUGUGGGCAAGGGUUCGCGUACAAAUGUUUGGUGAAGCCGCACGUGAAGAAGUGCCACGCGGGAGAGGAUAAAAAAGCCCGACUAGCGCAGAUUGAUCGAUGGAAGAAAAUUAAACAGGCCCAGCUACAGGAUAUUGAAAAGAUUAAAAAGGAAGAACCGGAACAGGUUCCAGAGCAAUGCUUGUACGAAGCUUUCCAGCAGUGCAACUUCGAACCUGCACCGGAACUGCAACAAGUGGUUAAAACGGAAUCAAUCGAAAUUUUCCACGAACUACUUCCCCCGGAAGAACCACCCGCAGAAACUCCCGAAACCCCAUUCUGCUGCCUCUGCCUCCGAAUCUACCAUCCGGCCAAGUUUGUCCAGUUCUCGCCCCAGCAGUCGUGGAACUGCCUGGACGUGGUCCAGGUCCAGGAGCAGCUCACCAGUGUGCUGGGCCUCGAAAUUGACCUCACCGAGCACGUAGCACGUGUUUGCCGAUCCUGCUGGGCCCUCACGGAACUGUUGGCCGACUUUCGGACGUGCUGCAUGAAGGCCGCCGAGUGGCGUGAGCGGUUUAGCACGGGGAUCGAGACCAAGGAAACGUCCAGGGAAGGUUGGCUCAAGAGGGCUGCGGUGGACGUAGUGGCGAAAACGAGGAUGAUCAUUGUGGACCACGUGGAGAGGAUUGAGCAGGCGGAAAUUAAGGCGCGGAAUGAGGCGGAGCAGAUUGCUGGACCGGAUAAGGAUUCGUUUCAAGAUGGUCUGGAAAGCGUGGUUGACCAAUUGGAUGCAACGGAAGAUAACAAAUCCAAAAUCGUUGAACAAAGCGUUGAAAUGGUCGAAGAAAUUCGGGAAAUCGAAGUCCAUUCAUGUCCAAACUGCGAGAAGAAGUUUGAAGGCAAAAAUAGCAUGAUUAUUCAUUUGCAUUACUGCAAAAAAACCGCUCCAAAUAAGUCCAAAAAAAGGUUCACGUGUUCGAUCUGCUUUGCUGAUUUCAACUAUCAAAAAAACUUACAAGAUCACCUCAACAAGCAUAAAGGUAUCAAACCGUACAAGUGCCGCAGGGAAAAUUGCAAUCACCAUUCCUACACCGUUAAGGAGCGGAUCCAUCACGAGAAAAUAUGUGGCAAAGAUAAGCCAAUCUGUCCGGAGUGUGGCCUUCAGUUGGCCUCACCGGACACCUUGAAAGCCCACUUGGGAACCCACCGAGCGGCGGCCCACCCCUGUGAUAUCUGCGACAAGCUGUUCAAAUCAAAAAAAACUCUCAAAAAACACCGCUUGAUCCACGCCGAAGAUCGUGUUUAUUUCCCCUGCAGCGUGUGCGAAAAGUCGCUGAAAUCGAUGGCAGCGCUGCGCGUGCAUAUGCGCAUUCACACACAGGAAAAGCCCCACGCUUGCCACAUCUGCGGCCAGGGAUUCGCGUACAAGUGCUUGGUUAAGCCGCACAUUAAGAGGUGCCACUAGAG